AUGUUUGAAGUUGUACACUUAAAAUUUGAAAACUUUGUUAUUGCCGUUUCUUUCAAAUACUUUAUAGACAAUGAAAAUAUAAAAGAAGUUGAAGAAUAUAAGAAUGAUAAUAAUUAUGUUGUAAUGACAAAACAAAAUAGCGAUAAAACUCAAUAUAUAACAACAGUCUAUAAAAAUAAUGUAGUUUUAACAUAUAAUAAUGGUUUAAGUUAUAAUAUACUAUGUCAGCCAGCAUUAAUGGCUUAA